AUGCCUUUCCAUAAGGGAGACAAAAGCGGUCAUUUCGAUGCCAGCCAAAACACAUUUAAUCUGCAAGACCCGGGUUUUGGACCAAGUGAAGGUGUUUACAAUAAUCGCAUGGACCCUCGAUAUGGCAAUAUGAAUCCAAACUAUUAUGGUGGCGGGCCUGGGACUUUUGGAGGAAAUGGAAUGUAUGGACAGGAUGUCUAUAAUCAACAACCUGGCUGUCAAGGCUGGAAUACGGGAAGACGACAUUUUAAUGGCUCGGAUUCGGAUGACUCUGACAUUGAUAAACGCAAUUACAGAGGUUCAGGGCCAAGUUGGAAUCGGGGACGACAUGGUUCACACUCAAAUCGGCGUGGUCAUUCUAGUGAUCGUGGUUCAAGUUCAGAUGAAGGAAGACGUAACAGACAUUGGCGCUAA